AUGGAUUUGAGACUUUACAGAGCAAUCAUUCGACUCGACUGGCAAAUCUGCAUCAAGAAGCCAUCAGAGUGUCUUCAAAUACCAUACAAAACUCACCCUACACCACUAUGUGAGCGGGGCAUACUAACGCGGCCUUCAUCGCCGAGAAAAGAGAAUGGAAAGAAAGAAGAAAAAAGUAUUUAA